UGAUCCCCUCUCCUCCUCCUACAAACUUCCAAAAUCCAUCGGGUGUUUUUCACCCGCUAAUAGGAGGUACCUCAGCUCUAGCAACCAAAUAUUAAAAUCAAAGAUGGAAAUUGUAGUCCACAGUGGGGAUCAAGCUGCGGAUUUCCUGCCUUUUGGAAUUCAUUUGUCUGAAAACUGGCCAGCAUGGAUCCCUGGAGUUGUAUUGGCUCUUGUUGUACCAUUUUUCACAAACAAAUGGGGUCCUUUUGCAAAUAUCAAAGAGGAACUCGACAAAGUAGAGGAGGCGGUUGAUAAUGUGGCCGAUCGAGUGGAAGAAAUCGCAGAGAAGGUGGAAGACUUUGUUGGAGAUAUGGCCGAUGAUCUACCAGAAGGCAGUCAAUUUAAACAAAAAUUAGAACAAGUUGAAAAGGUUGCUGAUACCAUCGGAAAGGAUGCCAAAAAGGUCUCUGAUAUUAUUGACAAGAUGGACGAAAUGGAAGCCAAAUUGGAAACGAUGCUCGAUAAAGCGAAUGAGAAAAAGAAGACCACACCUACAAAAAUAGAGCCAGAAUAGUUCAAUUUAUGUCCGGAUUAGGCUAAAUGCAAGUUUUAAAGUUUUUCAUUUUUUUUUAGAUAAUAUGUGAUAGUAGUGCAUUACGUGGUCACUAAAAUUAAAGCUGGAAGUCCAUGGAACGUAUUAU